AUGAACAGCUGGUACCGCGUGAGUGUCUCGAAGUUGCAGACAGUCCUCAUGAUGAAGAUCAACAACCAACUGCCUUACAACAAGAGGGAGCCAUCCACCUUGCAACUCAUCAACUCCAUCAAAACUAUCUAUUUAGGAUUUCCGCCAUAUUUAUCUUCGAGGAGAAAGAGAAUAGGGCUCGGGUCGGGAAGCAUCCAAGGUUGCAUAAAGUCUUUCAGCAUGAACAGCAGUCGGUUGUUCGUUGAUUAUAAACUGCACGAUGAACGAGGAGCCACUGACAUCAAGGAGAGGCAUCUCAUUGAUGUAUGCAAGCAGUCAGCAUGCUCCAAGUUUCCAUGCGAGCAUGCUGGCCAGUGCAACGACAUUAAUGAUGGGUUGAGUUUCAGAUGCGUUUGCAAAGCUGGAUACUCAGUCCUGAUAUCCGCGAUCCAAGAGUUCUAUAGCUCUACCUGA